AUGGGCCCCUAUAUACCGCCUCCUCAUGCUGCUGCCAAGCCCCUAAUCUGCCAUGGGCCCCUAUAUACCCGCCUCCUCAUGCUGCUGCCAAGUCCAGAGUCUCUCAUGGGUCCCUGUACGGCCUCCCAUUGCUGCUGUGUCCUCCAUCGCCACACUCUGCUGCCAUGUGCCACUUUCAGGUCUCUUCACACUGCUGGUGUGUUUAAUUUUUUGACAUAGGGUGCAGGCAGAUUACGGGCCUCUCACAUAGCUGCUGCCAGGCCCCUAAUCUGCCAUGGGCCCCUAUAUACCGCCUCCUCUCAUGCUGCUGCCAAGUCCAGAGUCUCUCAUGGGUCCCUGUACGGCCUCCGCUGCUGUCUCCAUCGCCACACUCUGCUGCCAUGUGCCACUUUCAGGUCUCUUCACACUGCUGGUGUGUUAAAUUUUUUGACA